CCGACGACCGCACAGACGGAAGCUCCGGUGAAGAUAACCCAUAGAGUUGGGAGAAAUGUUAUCUUUGAAAUUUGGGUCAAAAUGGGUGGCGGUUGCUACCUCCGAAUCACUCGUAGGACGUCAAAGACACUUGAGAAGUCUUUGCUGUUUUUCAAACCAUAUUCAUUCAAAUGGGUUAUCUUCUCAAUAUCAGAUUGAUGUCAAUUCACCAUUGUCGUCGAAACAUUCUUUGUCUUUGGAAGGACUGGAGGAUGUCAUGGUCGGCUACUUUUUUGGAAAGAAGAAGGCGACAGAAGUUGCUCACUCGUAUGUUGUUUGGAAAUGUGUCGUCAAAAAAGGGGAUACAGUGGUAGAUGCUACUUGUGGAAAUGGUUUUGAUACUCUAGCUAUGGUCAAAAUGGUUGCAGAUGAAUCUGGUUCUGCACGUGUUUAUGCAAUGGAUGUACAAAAUGAGGCUUUAGAAAGUACUUCUGCAUUGCUGGACGAGUCACUCAGUGAAAAAGAGAAGAAACUUGUUAAACUCUCUUCCAUUUGCCACAGCAGAAUGGAGGAUGUCGUUCCAGAGGAUUCCCCUGUUAGUCUUGUUGCAUUUAACCUAGGGUACCUACCUGGUGGUAACAAAGCAAUCACUACAAAGUCAGAAACAACAUUGCAAGCACUUAAAGCUGCCCACAAGAUUCUGAAACCUAGAGGGCUUAUCAGCCUUGUGGUUUAUGUGGGGCAUCCUGGUGGACUGGAAGAAUUGGAGACCAUUGAAAAUUUUUCUAGCGACCUGGCUGUUGAGAAUUGGAUUUGUUGUAAGCUACAGAUGUUAAACCGGCCACUAGCUCCAGUGCCUGUGUUCUUAUUCAAGAGAUGAAAGUGACAGUUUAUGAAGUUGGCUCAUACAUGGUUCACUUGCUAUUGCCUCUUUUGGUAGCCUUGGUGACAUUGGAUUAAUUUCAUAUCAAUUGUGUCAUGCAGCUUGAUUACCACAAGUAAGUCACAGUAAAGUUAUAAUAUAGUAUAGCUCAAUGUUACUUGACAUGUAUUUAUUUUAUUGAAGUUAGGGGUUCAAAUCUCUUAUGUGUCUCUUGUACUAAGAAAAUGGAGUACUAUCAAUUUCAUGCUGAUCAAUAAGGCUUGUUGACUUGAGUUAAAAUGUUGAUGGAUUGAACCCCUAACUUUUAAGGCGAAUAGAAAAUGUCAUUAUGUUGAACUAAUUUUUUACACUAUAUCAGCUCUUUUUAGGCA